AUGGUUCCAGAGUCAGAUUUAGAAUUAGGUCAAUUACGACUACUAGAUGUGGAUAACCGUGUUGUUGUUCCCGUAGACACUCAUAUUAGAUUUAUUGUAACAGGUCAAGAUGUAAUUCAUGAUUUUGCUGUUCCUUCUUUAGGUAUUAAGUUAGACGCAAUUCCGGGUCGACUUAAUCAAGUAUCUGUAAUUGUACAGCGUGAAGGUGUUUACUAUGGACAAUGUAGUGAAAUCAAUACCACAGGUUUCCUUUAA